AUGUUCGCCUCGUCGUACUCGCCCCUCGCCGCCUACCAGGAGCAGAUCGAGUACGCCGUCUACCUCGCCGCCCAGCAGCAGGAGGAGACAGCCCACCGCCGUCGACUUCACCAGCAACGUCAGGCCGAGAUGGCGUACUUCGCUGCUGCGGUCGAGCAGGAACGCCGUCGACAGCGCCGUCUCGCCAUCGAACGCCUCGUCGCCGCUCAGGAGGCCGAACGUCGUCGUCGCCUGCAGGAACAGCAGGCGCAGCAGCGAGCUAUCGAGGAGGCGCUCGCUUACCGCGCCGCACUCGCCGCCGAAGUCGCCCGUCGCCGCGCCGCCAUCGAGGCUGCGCAGCGUGCCGCUAACAUUGCGAGGGAGCAACAGCGCCGUCGUCAGGAAUUCGAGCUGGAGCAGCGUCGCAGGGUGGUCGAGGCAAGACGCGCGAGGCAGCGGCAGGCGCCGCUCUCUCAGGCUCUCUUCGAGGUCUUGAUCGAGUUGGCCAUUCCCGCUCUCGAAGGUGAGGCGGACAAGGCUUCACAGUCUGUCGACAACACGCCUUCGGUCCCGACUCCCGCACCCCGUUCUGCCGACGAGUUCGCUCCCACCGUCGCCGUCCCUCAGCCCGCCUCCGAACCGGUUCCUUCGCCAUCCUCGUCCGCGCGUGCGCCCGCGCCUGAGGAGCCCACGCCUGCCGAGCCAGUCGACGCAAAUGCGGCAGCGCCUGCUGCCGAGGGGCCGACCGAAAACACCUCUGCCGCCGACCGCCAGUCCGCCCUCGACUCGAUCUCCGCCCUUCGCGCCGACCUCGAGUCGCACCAGACGGCUUUCACCUCUCCCUCGGUCUUGACCUUCCAGUCCACCACCCCCGCCGACUCGACUCCCUCGACCCCUCCCCUCUCUUACGGCAAGUCCAACACGGCCUUCCUCGCAUACGAAGACUACCUCGUCUCGCUCCUGAGCAAGAUCGACGCGAUCGAAUCGCAUGGCGAUGAGGCAGUCAAGCAGGCGCGGAAGGAGCUUGUCAGGCGCGUUGAGAAGGAGUUGGACAGGUUGGACGAGCUGAAGGAUGCGGAGUGGGAGAGGCAGAGCCAGAGGAGCUCGGCGACGGGGUCGUCUGCGCACUCGGAUGAUGAGGACGAGGCUGCUCAGCCGAAAGCUUCGCCUGAGGCCGCCGAACAGACUGUCACACCCGCUAUUGACGCCGCUGUCGAGUCCGCCGUCGACGUCGCUGCCGAACCCGCGCCCUCCGAGUCGACUCCUCCAUCGACUGAACCUCCCUCCGAGCCGACCUCGACGUCUGAGCCUACCGAACCUGCGACGACCACUUCUCCCGCUUUCUCCGAAACCGACAUCGUCCGCUCGUCCGCCGCUUCCGACUCCCCCGCUCCCGCCUCGACGCGCCCGUCUUCCCCUCGCCCUCGUUCGCCUACCAUCACCGCCUUCGCCGGCGUCGCCCUUCCCUCUAUCUUCCACGCUCCCGCACCUUCGCCUUCGACGUCGCCUGCGAAUGAGGAGACGCUGGUGAGCAAGACGGGCGAGGGCGCCAAGACGGACAAGGAGGAGAAGGAUGUCGUCGACGAGGUGCUCCAGCAGGCUGAGGCGGUCGACCCGGCGCCCGCUCCGCUCGAUGACGAGGAACGUCCCGCUACGAAGGAGGAGAAGGAGGAGAAGGCGGACGCAGCGGCGAGCGAGGCAGACACGGAGGAGUUCGUCGUUGUCUAG